GAGGCGCUGAGGCGGCGGCGGUGGCGGUGGCAGCGGUGGCGGCUGCUCGUCCUAGCCUGGCGGGGGCGGGGGUCUGGAGGAUGGGGGCGGGUGGAACAACGGGCCGGUGAGGAGCAGCCGCCGCCGUCUCCGCCGUCGCUGGGGCAGCUGCCGCGGUGGUCGCCUCUGGCAGUGCCGCUCGCUUUCGGGCAGUCGCCUCUCCUCCCGACAUCCCGCCUUGAGGAGGCUGAGGCGGAAUCGCGGCUGGCGGCGGGGGGACGGACCGGCCCCGCAGUGGCCGCAGUGACAGCCCGGACCCGGCCCUCCGCCCGCUUGCGCCUCGGCGCCCGCAGCCACGAUGAACCGGGGCGGCAGCAGCCCGUCGGCCGCCGCCAACUACCUGCUCUGUACCAACUGCCGGAAAGUGCUGCGGAAGGAUAAAAGAAUCAGAGUAUCUCAACCCUUGACAAGAGGACCAAGUGCCUUUAUUCCAGAGAAGGAAGUUGUCCAAGCAAACACAGUGGAUGAACGUACUAACUUUCUUGUGGAAGAAUACUCUACAUCCGGUCGUCUGGACAACAUCACACAGGUCAUGAGUUUGCACACUCAGUACCUGGAGUCUUUCUUGCGGAGCCAGUUUUACAUGUUGCGCAUGGAUGGUCCCCUUCCUCUACCAUACAGGCACUAUAUUGCAAUAAUGGCUGCAGCUAGACAUCAGUGUUCUUACUUAAUAAACAUGCAUGUGGAUGAAUUUUUAAAGACUGGAGGUAUUGCUGAAUGGUUGAAUGGUUUGGAAUAUGUGCCACAAAGACUGAAAAAUCUUAAUGAAAUUAAUAAGCUGCUAGCACACCGACCUUGGCUGAUCACAAAAGAGCACAUUCAGAAACUUGUCAAAACUGGAGAAAAUAAUUGGUCUCUGCCUGAACUGGUACAUGCUGUGGUCCUCCUGGCACAUUAUCAUGCUUUGGCAAGCUUUGUUUUUGGUAGUGGUAUCAAUCCAGAGAGAGAUCCAGAAAUCUCCAAUGGAUUCACGCUAAUAUCAGUCAACAAUUUCUGCGUUUGUGAUCUUGCUAAUGACAACAACAUAGAGAACGCAUCCCUUUCAGGCAGCAACUUUGGGAUUGUGGAUUCUCUAAGUGAGCUAGAGGCCUUAAUGGAAAGGAUGAAAAGACUUCAAGAAGAAAGGGAAGAUGAAGAGGCGUCUCAGGAAGAAAUGAGCACUCGUUUUGAAAAGGAGAAGAAAGAAAGUCUUUUUGUGGUCUCUGGAGAUACUUUUCAUUCAUUUCCUCAUUCAGAUUUUGAGGAUGACAUGAUUAUAACAUCUGAUGUCUCUCGAUACAUUGAAGACCCUGGUUUUGGUUAUGAAGACUUUGCGAGACGAGGAGAAGAGCAUUUGCCAACAUUUCGAGCUCAGGACUAUACCUGGGAAAAUCAUGGGUUCUCCCUGGUGAACAGACUUUAUUCUGACAUUGGACAUCUUCUUGAUGAAAAGUUUCGGAUGGUCUACAAUCUCACAUAUAACACUAUGGCCACCCAUGAGGAUGUUGACACAACCAUGCUGCGCAGAGCUUUAUUUAACUACGUUCACUGUAUGUUUGGAAUCAGGUAUGAUGACUAUGAUUAUGGAGAAGUUAAUCAAUUACUUGAAAGAAGCCUGAAGGUUUACAUUAAAACAGUGACCUGCUAUCCUGAGAGGACUACAAAACGCAUGUAUGAUAGUUACUGGCGGCAGUUCAAACACUCAGAAAAGGUUCAUGUCAAUCUACUUUUAAUGGAAGCACGAAUGCAAGCUGAACUUCUUUAUGCUCUUCGUGCCAUAACUCGGCAUUUGACCUGAAGUAUCACCCAAGGAAAAUGUCAUACAUGUGUAAAGACCUUUCACAUAAGAUAAAUAUCAGAAGCUAUUUGUGAUAUAACAUCAAAAAUUAUUCAGUUCUCUAAUGUCAAAGUUUAGCCGUUUGUUUUUUGUUUCUGUUUUUUGCGGCUGUAAUGUGCAAUGAUGUGUUUUAUUUUCCUUGAUGCUUAACAUUACUAACAAUUGCAAAAAUAAUACUGAGGAGCACUACUUUGCAUUGUUGAUAGUUGGAGUUUUGGAUACUGAUCAUAAAUCAUGAAUCUGGCUUAUUAGUGCUUAACUUCAGCGCUUUUGAGUUGUGUGUAUGUGUAUUUUUUCUCCCUCCCAACCCCACCCUUUUUUUUAAGAAUAAGGACAAGUGCUUACAAUCUGCUCAAGCAAUUGUUUUUCAGAUGUUGGAAUUCAGCAAAGAGUGACCUCUCUGGCCAUUCUAAAAUUUUAAUGUUGUGUCCUAAAUCUGGUGGAGGAAAAGCAUGCGCUGUUGAACCAAGCUGCUCACUGGACACGUAUUUGUGUCCCCAGGAGAUUAUUUGUCAGGCACUGUUUUUUUUGUUUGUUUGUUCAUUUGUUGUUGUUUUACUGCUAUUGGCGAUAACAUGAAAUGUGAUACAGCCAUUGCCCAUAAUUUAAUGUGAAAUUAAUCAUGAUGAAUUCUAUAGCAUGCUACUGAAAUGCCAAAUUCAGCUAUUUUCUUUCUCUUCUAAAACAGAAGUUUCAGUUUUCCGUAUCAGAUGUAUAUAUUAUAAGUGGAAUUAUACACAAUCCUAUCACUGACAGUAAUCCUCAGUCACCUUAAAUAAUCAGUGCUCACAGUGCUGCUUACAGUUCAUUUAGUUGGCACAUAUAAACCAUACCCACACAAGACUGACCAAAAAUUUUCUUUGCACAUUUUUCCUUUCUCAUAGUUUUUUUUCUAUAUUUCGUUAAGCAAAAGAAGGUUAAUAUGCCUAUUUUUUUCCUGUUAGGCUUUUAGAAAUUAUUUUCCAUGACUUUUGUUCUUAGGUUAGACAGUUUAUUAUUCAAAGGUAAAAAUUGUGUUUCUAUGCAUUAAUGUGAUUGAACAACAAAAACAGAGUGCAAUAUGUUCAAAAAUUACUCAACUAAACGUUCCCCGUCAUGUCACUGCAAAAGUGUCCUUUUCAACAGAGCCAUAAAGAAAUUUUUUUCAAAUUUCUUUAUUGCACAGGCUUUUUUCAGUUUUACCUUACUGGGAUUGAACAAUGUUCCUUUCAUAAUGCCAAAGCAUUCCCUUCCCCAGAAAAAUCUCCUUGGACAACUGGUUUUAAAAAGUUAUCAAGUCAUAGGGGAGGAAUAAGCGGCCAAAAAGUCACAUUUUUGCAUUGGUUUACGUUGCUUGCUUGAUUAGACUAUCUUCAGAGAGCACAACAUUAUGUGUUUAUAGCUUUAAUUUGUAUUAUGUCAACGAACCAGUAAAGUGCCUAAAGAGAUGCUUACAACUAUCCAGUAGGACACAACUGCACUGCUUUUUAAACACUUUUUGGUUAGUUAAGGGUGACUUGAAUUGUACACAUACAUGCUAAUUUUUGAAAACAUAUCCAUUUUUCACAGUAAAUAAUAUAGAUACAAUUUUCUGUUCCAGCAAAGAUUUCAUUUUAGACUUACUUGUGAUAUAAGAUUUAACUUUUGUGAAAGAAUCGUGAACUAGUGUUUCAUUAAAUCAUUUUCCUCUUCCAUUUAUCAUCCUCUUCUGGUACAAUAUAUUGGGUUGCUUUCUUUUAAAUUUUGUUCCAGAAAGGAAAACAAAUAUGACUGUACACUUAUUAACAUAAGGUAGUUCUGCAUUUUUGGAUUCCAGGAUCCUGUUUGAAAUCUUCCAUGUGAGGAAAAAAUUACUAAUAUUUUUGAAGACAGGGUGGUUUAAAGAGAUUAUUCAGAGAACUUGUGCCAUAUCUCUUCUGUUUUAUUGCAUAUGCCAUGUGUUUUAUUCAAUAUUACAUUAUGUAGAUAUGUAAUACGAAGAAAAUAUUUAGGAGAAUGGCAAAACACAAAUGGCAACAUAAAUGUCCAUUUGACUUCCCUAACUUUACAACUUUCAAGUUGAGGAUGUCUUUUAUUCUUGAAUUUGUGUUUUUACCAGAUGCUUUCAAUUAAUAGCCCUAUAUUUUUGUGCAGGUGAACUGUAUAACAGGAUAAAAAAUGAUUUGUAUGUAUUGAAAGGAGGAGAAAUUCUCACAAAACACCAUAUGAGCUUUAGACCAAAAGGGGAAACAAGGUUUAAGUAACUAAAAUGGCCACUUAGUUGUUGUUUAUUUUUUUCCCUGGAAAUGUAAGUAGUUGGAGUUUAGGCUAUGGAAAUAUUAGUGCCUUUAAUAGAUCUCUUUCCUUGCAAAGUUUCUUUUUAGCUCAGCAUUGAUCUAUUUCAUCAAUAGUCAGGAAAAUAAGUUGACUUGGAACUAUAAACAAAAACAAAACAAUAUAUUUAUGAACCUCAGUGAACCAGCCUAGAAAAAUUGACUUCUGCAGGUGCUAAAGCACCUACUAAUACGCAGCAUGCACAGCAUUUCAGGUUGUGAAUACCAUUUUACAACGAGUUUGCUGUUAAUUCUCUUUAUCCAAUGCAAACUUGAAAUUCUGAUGCGGUUUUCCAGGGUGGUAUUUUUUCAGAGUAUUGAAUUUACUAUUUAGUAAUUUAUAGUAUAGCUUUUUAUAUUAAAAUGUGAUAUUUUUAAAAGAGAUGUCUGGUUCAAUUGGUAUAAUGAUGUGAUUAUGCAAUAUGCUGAUCUACACCUUGCACUCACAUUGUGCCAAACUUAAAUGUGCAAGUGUACGUGAGAAAAGCACAUGUGAAUGUGAAUUCUUUAAUUCUUUGCUUAUUAUGUUAAAAUUAGUCUUAAUAGUCCACUGAUGUGUAUGCUUGAAUAAUGUCUAUUUACUUUGGAAUUUCAAGAUUUCCAGCUUCAAUGGUAAUUUGUAAUUUCUCACAUCACCUCAAGAAAUAUUGAGAUACUCCCCCAUCUGAAAAUAAUCUGUUCUUUAACCCACCUGACUAUGGGAGUAGCCAGGCUGGUGCCUCACUGGCUUCUUCAGAUGAGGCUUCCUCAGGUGGAUGCAUGACCAUUAGGGGAAAAGAGGCUUUUGAGACAGCUUAUUACCUCCUUCACCUUUUUGAACUAAGUACAUUGUCUCAGUCCCAGUAUGAAUUUGUCCCAUUUGGGGUAUUUUUAAAAUAAAAGAUGGCUAACAUGGAAUCUGGGGCAUAGCCUUGGCCUUUAAUUAUGGUUGUAAGCCCAAAUAAUGGCAGAGAAACACAGGGCUGUUUUUACAACAGAAAAGUCAAUAUAAGUUUUAUGUAAGAAUCCUAUAAAAUUUGAACCAGGUCUCCUAUUUAAUUGUUAUAAUGUCUCCUAAAGAUUUUAAAUGCUCCUAAACGCUAAUUAUUAUUCCAGAGUGACCUUUUCCUUUUCCUCCUUAUAACGUUAUUUUAAAAUCCGAAAUCUUAGUUUUCUGUGCCACAGCAAAAUAAAAUGAUCAACAAAUAAUUAAAGAUCUGUACUUAAAAUAGUUCACCAUUUUUAGUGGAGGGAGGGUACAUGCCUAUUUGAUGGUAAGAUUCUUUUGAACUCUUAAGGACAAUUCCUUAUGGAAAAAAUAAAUUACAGUGCAUGUUAUAAAAAUGAUUUGCACUGUGUUAGCAAAAUAAGGUGUUUUAGGUUGUAUUUUAAAGACAAUUCUAAAUCAUUUCUCUGGAAAACAAGACCUUAAAUUCUUCUCUCUAAUAGGACUGCUUUUAUGCAAAGAGAUGGUCUUACAUGGAGUAAACAGUAUAUAACAAUAAUGUUAUGUAAAUAGUAUGUCACAUUUGCUUAGUAGUACAAUUCCACAGCGAACUGAAAGUUGUGGCUCCUCUGCUCAGAUUGAAUUUUAAGUUACCUAAUUUGUGUAAUCAGAACCUAUUCUAGGUGGCCGUCAACAUAAACUCUGUUUCCCUAUUAUAUCCCUCUGGAGACUGAGAAUCAAAUUAAAUAGUCUUUCUUCAAAACAGUACUGUAACAUGAAUGUAUUUAUCUCAGUCAACAGAACUUAUAUGCCCACUGUAAGUGGAGCUUAUUUCAAUGCUAAUUUGGCUUGGUUAACAGACCUAGAAUCUGCCCAGGUGAGACCUAGAACUUAAAAAUAGCUGGGGUGAAAUGGAUAAUAGAGGUAGAGGUAUAUGUCAAGGCAGAGCCCUAUGAGGAAGGAAAAGUUUUCAAAGAAUACAAGGAACAUAGUGCUGAGAGCGUGGCUGCCCUCAGCAUCGUACUCCUAAUCUAGAGAAAAUAUUUCCCAUGUGGGAGCUCCUAUCUGCAUUCAGUUCACCCUUUCCUGCCUGCUUCUUCUUCCUCCAAGUGCCUCAACCUCUACAUGCUUACUCUCCUCCCCUUCCCUCAGCCCAUCUUGGUCUAAGCAGCUUUCACAAUCCAAACCAAACAUCACCAGCCACCUGCUGAUAAGUCACCAGCAUUUACUUUCCUGAGUUACUUUUUCUCCAUUCAUUGAGACUAUGGAUUCAUCCCAACUCCUUCUAAAUCCCUCAACCAUCCAGCUAUACUUUGGCUAACCUUUGCCCUAGACACUCUACCAGAUGUUAUGCAGUAUCGAGUGUAAAUUGUGUCACCCUAUUCUGUUCUACCCUUUUCCCAGCUGCCGAAAUAUCUUGCUCUCCUCUACCUCAUCCCCAAAGAGCCUAUAAAUUCAGAAUAUCUAACCUUUUCAUGGAUUCACUCACUGUUGUUCAGUAAUACAACUUCCAUAUUUUAAAUAAAUCAUAAAAGAUAUUUGCCUUCUAUCAAAGUAGGAAUCUUUAUAUUUAUACAUGAUACAGAAAUUGAACUAUUUCUAUCAUUCAGAAUUUAGCAUAUAGCAGAAUUUUAAAGUGAUUGAAUUGCCAUCCUAACUUGGAUUUGCAUUAGGUUAUGAAUACUGUUGUUAGUCCAAGCUAUUUGAAUGUAAAGUUAAAAUUCUCCAGCAAUCCAGAAUGACUGAUAACCCUUCAGUGGAAUGGGAAAUUUCUGGCAUGCAAAUAGGGUGGUGUUCCAGACAUUUGUUUUAUUGGUGGUGUUUGGGCCUUGAAACACAUUUCUAAUAGAAGGACAUAUGGCAAAGGGUAUUUAGAUGGUCCCAUGGGAUCACAGAAGCCCAUUUGAUUUAUAAUAUAAUAAAAUAACACAAAAUUGGGUACAUAAGGGUUUAACCAGGCUUUCCUGGGUUAGACUAAGCCUCUAACCUCUGUUGCUAUCCUAUUCUUAUGGGAGGAAAAAAAUGUUCCAUGGGAUGAAAAGAAAAUGCAUUGACUUUGUAGUCUUUAUUCUCCUAGCUGCACUUAGGGUAUAUCCAGCUGCACUUCCUUCCUAUCCAGAAGGAAGAGGAAAUGCAAAGAGGAAGAAGAUGUAAUAGUUCUUCCUCUCCAGCUAGGUGCACUUGAGGUUGUUCAUAAAUGUAAAAUUAUGUCAGGUUUCUAACAUGGGACACUGUACACGGUUGUCUGACCUGAUGAACCAUCCCAUUUGCAAGUAUAGAUAAUUAUUAUUUCUUGCGGUAUUUGGAUGUUUUCCAUCUCAUUCAUGAACAACUCAACCUGAUAGUAGAUUCCAGUAAAUGCCUUUCAGGGCUCAGGAAUGAAUUGAUGUCCUAGUUAAGAAAUGAAACUUAAUAAUGGAGACUGAAUGAGGCGGUUUGUAUUAAAUUAUAUGCCAUGAAGUGUUCAUUUUAGCUUUAAACUAAUUAUGACUGUACCACCAUGAAGUACAGAAUGAAAAAAUAUAUUUAUAUAUAUAUAUUAUAUAUAUAUAUAUGGGGGGAACAGAGAAUGAAUAUCUGAUUCUUUUGAAUGCUUGUGGAAAUCUUUGAAAUAGUGCAGGGCAUACCACAAAAUAGCCUUUAGAACAAAUACCCAAUUUUACAGUUCACAGGACAACAUCAAACAUUAGUAAGUCUAAAUAUGAUGAAUAGAAUUUUUGUUAUGUCAAUUUUGCUAGAACAGUCUAUUUUCUUGCACCCCUCAAGUUAACCUCUUAAAAAAAUGAAUGUAUAAUUUCUACCGAAAGAGUAUCAGAGAGAAUCUCUCUGGUCUAUAGUGUUAAAAUAUUGUUCGCAAAUCCUGAUUAGUUAAGGGCAUACAUUAUGAAACUUACAGAAUAAAACUUAUUGUACAUCUCUUUCUUAAAUUAAUAUCUUUACACAUUUUCAACUGGCUCCCCAAGUCUGAUAAGGAAGGAUUAAAAGGUAGAAAAAAGGAAAUGUAUUAGUUGGGUGGCCAAGAAGUUUCCUUUGUAAUGAGAGACUUCCGCUUUCUGAAUUUCACUGGUUCUCUAAGGUAAAAGAGUUAAAUGGUACCCUUGUUCACCAAGGAAAGUGAUCCAAACUAUAUAUCUAGUGCAGAUAUUUCCUUUGCAUUAUUUAGUCUUCUCUGGAGAGAAAAUACAGUUUCCCCUUCCUCUUUCUCUUCACAUUUACUCUUUUCAAUCCAAAAUAAGAGACACAGAAAGCAAACCACAGCCAGUUUGGCAUCUUCUCAGUGCUACUACUAUAGGCACAUACACAUACACAGUCUGAGCAAGGUAAUAAAGAACCCUGUCAGGUCCACUUGGAACACGGCCUUGCUACUUGGAUUAGCUCCUUUAAGCCUGAAAAUAACUUUCCUGGUCAUGGAAGAACUGGAUGCAUCUUUUAACUUAUGAAAUAGAAGUUGAACUUGAAAACUCUUUUUAAAAAAUCCUGGUUUUGCAGGACAGCUACAUAAUGAAUGUAUAUAUUAAGACUUUGUAGCUGAAUUGCACAUGAAAUCAGAUUGCCAACUUCUUGACUUUCAACGUUAGACAUUUAUCCUUAAGUUGUGAGCGAUAUAUGUAGCAUGCUGUGAAACGUCUAUUAUAGUUCUUUAAUUCAUCAGUAUUAAUACAGAAUUAUCUUUUGCGUUUCUUGGUACUUUUUAUUCAGUGUAAUCAGAAGCUGUGAUGUUUUGCCUUUGUAGUCCUGUGCUUUGUUACUGUAAUUUUUUUUUUUUUUUUUACGAAGCACGUGACUGGACUAAUGUAAGGCAGAUGACGUGAUCUUUAAGACUGCUAUAUAUAUCAGUCUCUUACUCUAUAAGGUUUUAAAUUAGAAUAAGCUUUUAUCAAAUAGAUAUUUGAUGCAAUUUAAGAUUCACACAAGUUUCAGGGUCAAAUGGCGGUCUUAUAGUUUCAAUUCUGAAGAUAACAAACUUAGUAAACAGCCACUUUAAACUUGUUCUGGCAAACCAGACCCUGCUGUAGAUAUAGUCUAAGGUAGUUAACCAUAUAAGCCUUUUCAACUCCUAAUGCCCUCCACAUGAGUCAGCAGUUAAGAAGGUUCUAGAACCCAUGAAAGCUUUUGUAUGUAUUACUAGGUUUUGUUUUUCUUAUGUUGCUGAUUUUACAGUUCUGACUAAAGCUGACCUAAAUGGAUCAGUUUAUGUGUAAUAUUCUAGUGCUUUAAUGCCUCUUUUUUUUUUUUUUUUUUGGAGGGAUGGGUAAUAUUAUUUGGACAGAUGCAGAAGGAACUGUUAGUGAGUCAAGACAAACACAUUUGAAAUAAAGGAACUGUGUAUUAACAUGUUAACAAUUCAUAACUGCACUUUUUAUGACAUUUUGAAAAUCUAUUUAUAGGUACAGAACAAUGGGUUUUGUUAAACUGUAUCACAUUUAUACUUGCAGAAAUUUAUUUCAUUGUUAUUAGUAGGAAUUUUAUUGGUUCAAUAAAAUUGGCAAAACUGAACACCAA